AGAAUAGUGUUUACAAAACAUGGAAGUCACCGCUGGACGUUUUUAGCUGCUUUGGAAUUUGGAUAUUUUUUGUGAUUAACAAUAAAAUGUUCCAGUUUUUACAGAAAGACUAUCACAUCUUGUCCAGUCCAUGAAGCUUCUGCAAGUUGAACAGUUGUGGACCUCAUUAAUAAUGGCAAUAAGAAGGCAGAUCUCCUUCUGGCGUCUGCGUAGGAGGGUGGCCUUGUUCAUAUUCACUAUAAUCCUCAUCAGCAUGGGGCUGAUGUACCGAGCCCUCAUGUCCCACCACGACAAGUCCCAGCCCACAGACAUCUCCUUCCCCAGCAUGCUCAGACACUCCCCACACUUCCACCCAAAGGCCAACCUCAGCCACGCAGCCGACUACCAGCUCGUGGUCAAACUACCACAGCUGGUCAACAAACUCUACUACAACCUGAACUCUAACGAGCUCGCGUCUCUGAAGCUGAGAGAUCUGUUAAGUUCUGAUAGUAAGAUAGCGCUGGGGAAAUUCCUGCAGCGCUUGUACCCGCUCAACUGGGCGGAAGCGCCGGAGACGGAUGAGAUGGCGCUGGAGCUCAAACACACGCUGCUUGACUACGGUCUUGACAGCAACCUAAGCUGUAGAGACAUUGACAGAUUCAGGCUGGGCAGCUCCCUGGCUUACUCAAGGUCUAAGAGUAUUGAUGUUGGAUAUGAGAACUCGUUUGGGGCGAAUGGUGUAGAUGAAAGCGUGGAGAUGGCUCUGCGCAGUUUUUCUAAUGAUAUCAACACUAAAAUCUCCUGCAUGAAGCAGAUUUAUGACAGUGAGCUGUGUUCAACUAUGGGCAACUACAGACUGCUGAGAGAAGUCCUGCUGUUAACUGUCUUCCAGCACCCAGGUAUCCUAAAGCUGAAGGGCUACUGUCUGCGAGGGAACCGCCAAGCUUCACAGCUCCAUGAGAAAGGGGUGGUGCUGGUCACAGAGAUUGGUACACCCCUGACCUCCUCCAUUCUUAUGUCUUCUACAUGGGCACAGAGAGUCAAGAUGGCGCUGCAGAUUGGGCAUCUGCUCCUGUUCCUAGAGUCCAGCCCACUGGGCAGCAUGCGUCUGUCCAAGCUGGACCUGAAGGACUUUGUGCUGGUGGAUGAGCAGGUGGUCAAGCUGGCUGAUCUGGAUGACCUGGAGGUUGGGGAGAAGACUUGCUUCAGGGACAUGGACUGUGUCAUACAGGAGGCUUCUAGAGGUGUUCGAUGCACCAAGAAUGUGUGUGAGGGGCUGAAUGCACUCAACAACUUGUUUCUGACUCUAAAUGUUGCCUUCAUACCUUUGUUGCGCAACCCUCCCACAGACAAGGACAAAGAUUUUGUAUUCAAGCUGAAAAAUUUUAAGCUUGACACUGAGGAAAUGGUGGUAGCCAUGGAGGCCAUGUUCAGCAAAUUGCCUACUAAACAAACAACGGAACCCAUCAAUGCACAAGUCAACAGCGUGAAAAGUUUUAAGAACAAGUUUGAAACACAGAAGGAUAUUGAUGAAAUUAAUAAGGCAUGGAAGAAGGUGGUUAUUAAAGACGAUGCGGAGCUCGAGUUGAAGAGCUUCCAGCGACUGGACGAGAGGAAUUUUGCGGGAGUGUAUGAUUACCCCUGCCCUGGGUCCCGCGUAGUGUGGGGGUGUGUGUUCACGGUGUCGUCCCUAGGGCAAGCUGCCCGGCUGUGCCUGAGUGAUGACCAUUGUAUGGCCUUCAUCACCUUUACCACGUCCCCAGAAACAGAGAAGCUGAUGACUAUAGUUCUGAAGAAUGCCACAGAUGGCUCACCCAACAGCUCCAGUGGCACCACCCUGUUUGUGCGGAUCCUACACAAGGAGGAAGAGGAAGAGGAGGAGGAGGAGGAAGAUGAGGAACUGUCCGCCAAGUCCUCGGACGAGCUGACCACUUGUAUGGAUAAUGUCAUCUACGUGCAGGAGAGUGCCAGGCUCAGUCGGGAGAACCGUCUGAUGACUCACCUGGGACUCAAAGGAAUGGAUGAAAAAGUCUGGCAAAGGUCAGUCAUACGCCAGAAGAUGGGAGCCUUCAGUCGUCUGUCUAAACUGGAGUCUGGUGGCGGGAAGUUUGAUGUCAACUUGACCACCACACCUAACAGCACGGACGAGGUCAAGAAGGUGACCUUCCUGGCAGAGAAUGGACCCAAGUUGUACCACGUGUCUUAUGCUGUUGUGUACCAGCUUGACCGCCUGCUUGGGCUGUACCAUGUCCCACCUUGUGUUACUAAGCAACUGCCAGCAACUGUGGUCAACAGGUACCUCAAGAGUGAGAACUGGGAGGAGACUUUCAAGCCACUCGUUGAGGCUGACGGCACAUUGACAGGUGUGAUGACCGUACCAACUCCCCGUGUAAUGAAGACGAGCAAGCUGAGCUUGACCCCUGUGGAGAGCUUGAGCACAUUCACAGAGUUCUUUGACCGCACCAAGAAGAUGCAGUUAGAAUAUGUUCUUCUAUGGUGGCUGGGCAAAAUCAGCAUCUUUAAGGAUGAGCAUCUGGGAUACAAAGGUCACCUGAUACAUUUCAAUGCAGAUAAAGGAUUUGUAAACAAGACUGCAAACUUUACUGAGUACCUGAACUCGUGCCAGUUCCCUAAUGUUGUCUACAAGUCCUUGUCCUGCUUUAGAUGUAUCAACAGUGCUAAGCAAUCUUCAGUCAAACCUUCUGUUUGUGGGCUGGGCAAUGAGGUGAUGCAGCGUACACAUGACAUGUUCACGGAAGAGGUGGAUAUAACAAUCCACAAGCUGACAGAGCUUCAACUCUCACAGAUGAUUGAUAAAACAGCCACGGAAAUUAUGACCAUUGUUCAAAAGUGUAUCACCUUGAAUGGGCGAGAAAAUGUAUUGUAUUAACUCCAGGUCUUUUGGUAACUGAAAGAAUGGGUGUUUGUAAAAUAUUGAUAGAAUAGAAUUGGGCGUUACAUGUGAAUACAAAUGGAUAUAAUAGAAUUAGGCAAGCAUUUUAUAUAUACAUCUAACUAUAAAAUUACUAUAAUUGAUUACCCAUUUCUUUAUGAAUUAAUGAAUGGCUGUUAUAUUGCUUAUUAAUUAUAUAAUAUGUAGUUUUACCGGUAGGUGCUGGUACUUAUGCAUUGCAGACCAAAUAUUUAAAGAAAUAAAUGGAGGUUCAAAUUUCUAAUAUAAUUCAUGACAAUAAUGAGAUUUUAGGAUUAGUUAUUUAUCUUUUCUUCAUUUUAAACAUGAGUCUACAUGUUGGAGGACAGGUGUAAUCUAUGAUUUCAUUUGCCAAUUUGUGCUGUUUUCAUCCUAAAACAAUUAUUUUAUAGUUGGAUAAAGAGAGAUAAUUGUAAAUAAAAGGUUUUUUAUUUUUUUUUUUAUUUGGUGAAGUUUGUAACUUUAAUAUAAAAAUUGAAUGUUUUAAUUCAAUUUACAAAUAUUUAAACAGAAGUGAUUCAUUUCAAUUUUUGUUGUUUAUUUUGGUGAUAUUAAAUUUACAUUGAUGUUCAUUUGACUGUGUAUUGAGCAGUCAUCACAUUCCAUAUCAAGUCACACAUUAUCAGAGAGGAUCACAAUGUCACUUUAUUUGAUUUCACUUUUAUAAAGAUUGUUAUAAAGAUCACACUAUUUCAAUAGAUCCUCAUUUUCUUCAAGAAAUCUCUUGUCUGGAACAGUGUUUUUUUUUUCUUUGACUGAAGAGUUCUGAGAAUUGUUUUGUUGCUGUAGAUCUGAGUUUUGAAGCUGCUCUAUUUUUUAAUCCUGCUGACUGCUUGCAAACUUGAGUGCAAACUUGAGCCUGUUCUCUAGCUUUAUAGUCAGGACAAGUCUUGGUAGUUUUGUUUUCAAUCUUUUUUUAUUGAAAUGGUCUUUUGUUGCCCAUGAACUUUGACCUUUUACCUAAACUUAUUAUGGGCCAGACUUUUGAAUAAAAGUACUGAGAUCUAUUCAACUAGCUACAACACAUUUUUUUUCUAGUAUUAAUUAAUUUAAUACAACAUUGAAUUAUGUGGUGGCCUAAAGAAAAUGAAAGAGAAAUUACAAGAUUUUGAUUCUAUUGAUAUUUUAAAACUAUUACUUUUAGAAUAUUUGAUGUAAUGUAUUUGUAACACAUGACUGAAUAAAGCAAAAUUAUCAUUAGAGGUUGAAGUUCAUGUGAUCUAUCACACAAAUUUCUACUUAUGCAAAGUAAAUGUUCACAAGUCAUUCAAGAUAUACAAAGUUUACUGUCUGUCCAUUUCUUGAUGUGUCUUUUAUAAAGCCAUAAUAUUGCCAUUUUAUUUUUAAAUGAACUUAUGAGGAGUUUUGUGUUGUCUUGAGGUU